GCACACUUGAAGCGCCCCUUGGGCAGUCGGGAUGUGAUUGUCGUGGAGCGAUGGCAAAUGCAGAUGCCAUCUAUCAACACCUUUAUUGGUACCUGAACACCACGCCCACUCCGCAGGGCAAGCUUGAAGCUGACUUUGGUGAAUCACAAGGGCCCCAGGCCCUGUACGCGAAGCACCGCCCAGCAAGCACUCCAACCCGAGCAACAGCAACAGCUGCUCCAGCUAAGCCCAAAGCCGAGGCAGAGGCCAAGGAGGCCAAGGAGGCCAAGGAGGCCAAGGAGGCCAAAGAGGCCAAAGAGGCCAAAGAUUCCAGGGACUCGGAUUUGCAGGUCCUGAUCAGGUACCUGGAGGAGGAGGUCACAGACAAAGCCCUGGAGCAGCGGGCCGAAGCCUGGAAGUCAGGGGUUUCUGGGCUGCUGACUCGGCGAGGCAUGGAGGGCCAAAACGCCCUGGACACCUACGUGGCUGAGAUUGUGGCGGCCCUGCGGGACUUUCCCUACCUCAGCUUGCCGCAGGGUAGGGAUGCUGGACGCUGGGUCCGGGAUGAGAUUGUGGCGCAGGUCUUCGAGGAUCACUGGGACUUUUACAACAACAAAAAGCUCAAAGGUUUUGACUUGGAAGAGUUUUGCCAGCUGCUCGCAGGGCAGAACAUGCUCAUAGACAGGCUGCGGCAUGCCCAACGGGCCUUAGACAACUGAGUCCGAUUGUGCGCUCAUAGGCAGCUUACAUUUGGUGCCAUUGGAC